AUGGCCUUCCUUCACCCUUUGUCAGCAGAGAAGCUGUGCCGAUGUGGCUGGAUAGUUCAGCAUGCACGACGACCGCCUGGUGGAAUCAUGGACCUGGUUUGCGGUCACCAGUGUCGUGGUUAUCUGGCGAUAUAUCUCCAGGGGUAUGCUCCUGGGUGGGUUCAAGGGCUUGAUGGUGGAGGAUUAUAUUAUGCUGUUGACUUAUGUAUGGGCAUCUACACCAACUUCAUCGUCUGGGUUAACAUUCAAGCACGAUACCCCAAAACCAACAUCUUGCCGCCCACAGGAAUGCAAGGCCUUACCGAACAAGACAUUCAGGAUCGCAUCUACGGAAGCAAAAUCACCUUUGUUCUGGAACAGUCAAUGGUGUUGCUGCAAUGGGGGUGCAAAGCCUGUAUGAUCCUAGUGUACUACCGACUAACGAAAGGAACAAAGAUGGCUCUUCCAGUCAAGAUCGUGAUGGUCUACAUUGCCGUAAGCUUCGUAAUAGUAGAAGUCUUCUACUACGGGGUCUGGUGUCGACCAUUUUCCAAUUACUUUGUCGUCAAAGCAGACAAUGACCCGCAAUGCGAGAGCGCCCAGCAUCAUCUGAUCAUGUCAUAUGUCUUCAAUCUCUCCUCGGACCUGGCCAUGCUUUGCAUCCCCAUACCAGUAUUCCUCAGCUUACAAUUACUUUGGAGGAAAAAGCUAGCUCUCCUGUGUGUGUUCAGUCUCGGAAUCUUUGUCGUGGUCGCAGCGACACUGAGCCGAUACUACUGCUUCACUCAUCCGAAUAGUAUCUUGUGGAUUUUCUGGUACGUGCGGGAGGCCAGCACCGCCAUCAUUGUGACGAACGCCCCUAAUUGCUAUACGCUCCUGCGCCGGCUUCUAAAAGUGCACGGGUUCACAAUCUUCGGUACCUACAUAGCACUUCGUCGGAAACCAACACAUUCUCCAGAGAGCGGUCCGCCGAACGAGCUGGCGCAACUCUCGGUCGGCCGGUCAAGGAAGCACACCAUAUCGACGGAAAGCACGGAGCACAUCACACGGGAAGACAAGAGUUUGGAAAUUUGGCAGCACACGCAGGUGGCGGUGUACGAGGAUUUCGAGGAGGAACCAGGAGCAGCUAUGGAACGAGACCGGCGAGGAGUCUAUGGGAAUAGGACAGGGUUUGCUUCUUCGACAGUGACAACGGGGCAUAUUGGUUUAUCCGGGCAAAGUUGA